AUGGGCCUGACUGUACUAAUUUGCCUGCUGUCUUUUCAACUUACUUUUGUUUUUCCUGCAAGAAACAUUUCUCUGAAGUGCAUGCAAGAUACUGAUGAAUUCCUUUCCGAUCUGGAUUCAGUGAAGCCCAAAGAAUACGCUCUAAGAAUGUAUGACUCUCUGGGGAAGCUUGGGAGCAACAUUCUUAAUGGAAACAAGGACAGGCUGGGAUCAUACAGCGAGUGUCUUUCCACGCAUGCUCCCAAGGGGAACUUCCGAGGGCAGUACUGCAAGCUUCACAUACUGCAGGAUGGGACGGACUACAGCGUGGGCGUGUGUGUCCCUGAUUCUUGUGCUGAAGAGGAUGUGACUCUGAUGUCUCGGCUGGAUACUUUAAGAUUCAGAAAUACUUCAUUUCUGGCCCCUUCUCUCUUUCUUUUUACAAUAAAUUCUUCCUCCUCGUCUGGUGGGAGUGUGGCCAGAUGUGCUACUGGAACGUUCCCCCUGGACACAUUUGCUGCUGUAUGUCUGUUCAUCACCUUGCUGGGUCUCAUCCUCCCUCUGGCUGGAACAGUCUGCGUGGCAGCUAGGGAAUGGGGGUCAGCCUGCAGGACAUCGCAGGAACAUGGGGCACCUCUGGCCACUUACGGGAGUCUGCCCCUGAGCAAGGCGGAAAGCAAUGAACAAAGCAGCAGAAUCCCACGGACGCACUGCCCGGCACAUCUGCCCCUGUCAGCAGCUCCGAGCAGAGGAAAAAGGUUUCUAGGAGCCAUGGUUCAUGCUCUGGAGUGCUUUUCUUGGCAGAAGAAUGUGCCAGCCAUCUGGACUACAAAGACACCAGGCAGCACCUGCUCUGCACUGAAUGGCGUUCGUGUUUUGAGUCUUCUGUGGAUCAUCUCGGGACAUACCAGUCAGAUGACUGCAUGGCUGUCUUUGGAUAAUGUGCUUGAAUGGAAAAGCAGAGUGCUUAGAAACCCACUGUACAUUUACUCUCGGAGUGGUCCCUUCUAUCUUGGAGUGGAUACAUUUUUCCUGAUCAGUGGUUGGUUAAGUGCAACGUCCUUUUUAAAGAUGCAUCGGAAUUCAGACAAAGGAAUUACAGGAAUAACCCCUAAAGUCAUACUCAGAUACUUUCUCCGUCGCCUGGUGAGGUUGCAGCCUCUUCACCUGUAUUCAGUGUGCUUGUUGGUUGGACUGUUCUCUCUUGUUCCCUGGGGACCUGUCUGGGAAGUGCCCAAAUUCCACUGGGAUAACUGCCAGCAAGCAUGGUGGACAAAUCUGCUGCUGCUAAAUAACUUUGUGUCGGUCAAGAAUGCGUGCAAUGGCUGGACCUGGUACCUUGCCAAUGACUUCCAGUUCCACCUCACCACACCAGUGAUUAUCUUCAUCCACGCAAAGAGUACACAAAUCCUCAUCCUCCUUGGAGCCAUGCUGUUCUUGGCAUCUUUCACAGCCACUGCUCUGAUCACACUGGCAUAUAAACUUCCUGUGGUGGCUCCAUCAGAAGCCAGUGAAGAGGCUACUGUAUUGUAUUUUGUGGAGUACUACACAAAGCCCUACUGCCGAUUCGGGCCAUUUCUCGUGGGCCUCUUUCUGAGCAUUUACAUGCACCAAAACAACCAGGAAAACAUUCUCAGAACCAAGAUGCAGGUCCGGCUGGGCUGGAGCUGCUCCCUGGCCACCCUAUUUGCGGUGGCCGCUCUGGUAUACGUGGUGGACGACGCUUCUGCUUCCUUUCCAGUAGCUGCAGUUCUCUACCAAGCCCUCCACCGGACCCUGUGGGCGGCAGCCGUGGGCUGGGUCCUUUCUGCGUGCCAGGGAGGAUAUGGAGGUCUGGUGAACCGUGUGCUUUCUUGGGACAUCUGGAGUUUCCUGUCCAGCAUCAGUUAUGCUUGCUACUUGGUGCAUCCGAUUCUGAUCAUCCUUUACAAUGGCUUUCAGGAAACACUGAUUCAUUACACUGACACAAACAUGUUCUAUCUUUUCUCUGGACGCUGUGUGCUGACCUUCGUCACUGGGCUGGCCCUGACGCUGUUCAUUGAGAAACCAUGUCAGGAACUGAAGCAGUGCCUGCUGGGCCAUGAAUGUUCUGGUUAAAACACAAAAGAAUGGAUGGACCUUAUUGGUAAUGACGAGCAAAGAUGAGGUGGCCUUGUUUCUGCAAUGAAUGCUUGUGUUCCUAAGAAGGGGUGUGAAUCUCAUUUUGUGAAAGUUUAAUAUAUACAUGUUCUUUGUAUUUAAUAUGUGAAAGAGUUCUUAGUGCUUAAUGAUGUUCUAUAAAUUUUCAGUGGCACAAUAAUAAACUUUUGUUGUACCAUUUUAGCAAAAAUACAACCUGGAUUUCUUUUUGAUUUAAUCUGUAUUUGAUUGUCUAUAUUAAUUAUCACAGGAAAUGAUUAAAU